GGGCGGGCGGCGGAAGAUGGCGGCGGGCGGCGCGCGGCGCUGAGCGGGCGGAGCGCGGCAUGGAGCGGAGCGCGGCGCCGGGCCCGGAGCGGCUCUUCGACGCGCACCGGUUCCCCGCCGGCGGGUUCGUGCUGCUGGCGCUGCUGCUGUACGCGCCCGUGGGGCUGUGUCUGCUCGUCCUGCGGCUCUUCAUCGGCGUGCACGUCUUCCUGGUCAGCUGCAUCCUGCCCGACGGAACGCUGCGGCGCCUCAUUGUGCGUGUGAUGUGCUCUGUGCUGGGACUGUUUGUGCAGCAGAGCGGCCCCCGGCUGCGUGACGCCGCCGUGCAGGUGUACAUCGCCAACCACGUCACGCACUUUGAUCACAACGUCAUCAGCCUGCUGACCUCCUGCAACACGCCUGCACUGAACGGUGCCCCCGGCUUCAUCUGCUGGUCGCGGGGCUUCAUGGAGCUGGGAGUGACAGGGAGCCGAGCUGAGCUGGUCGAUUCCUUGAAGGCAUAUUCGUCUCACAGAGGAAACCCACCGCUGCUGCUCUUCCCAGAGGAAGCUGCCACCAAUGGCCGGGCCGGCCUGCUCCGCUUCAGCUCCUGGCCGUUCUCCAUCUUGGAUGUGGUGCAGCCGGUUGCCCUACAGGUUCAGAGGCCUUUGAUCGCUGUGAGUGUAGCUGACUCCUCCUGGAUUACAGAGCUGUUCUGGACCUUCUUUGUUCCCUUCACAGUUUAUCAAGUAAGGUGGAUGCCGUCUGUCCCCAGACGAGCUGAAGAGCUGAGUGAGGAUUUUGCGCUCCGUGUUCAGGAGCUCUUGGCCAUGGAGCUGGGUGUGGUAUCCACACGGCUCACUGCAGCAGAUAAAGCUGAACACAUGAAGAGGCUGAGACAUACAUCACAUCUUCCCUUUGCCCCAGCCUCAAGCCAGCCCCUGGCAGCCAGGCUUAGGAUGCCUUCCAGCCUGUCUGGUAUUGGGUCCUUUGCUCCUGAGGAUACGCGGUUCACAACGAUGGCUCAGCAGGUCAAGGAGGUUCUGCCUCAUGUGCCUCUGGAGGUCAUCAGGACAGACCUGGCCCAGACAAACUGUGUGGAUACCACUAUUGCCAACUUGCUGGAGGGGAGAGUGCCCUUCUUCCCUGAAAGUGAGGCUGGUACUGACCUGCCUGCUCCAUCUACCUCCUGGGCUGCAUCAGCUUCUGGCAUCCAGGGCUCCGUGGCUUUGCCUUCUUCCAAGCCAGCUACAAAGCAGUUUGCAAAGUCCCCCAUGGAACGGCACCUGUCCCUGCAGGAGAGGAAGCGCGCGCUGUACGACUAUGCCAGGAGCUCUCCCAAGCAUGCUGCCUGUUAUCAUCUUGGAAAUCACUGUUUGCCUUGAGCUGUCGCCGGGUUUCUGUUUGUGGGGACUGAGUGGGAUAGAAGCUAUUUGCCAGAACUACAAUUUCUGAGGGAUAGAGCUCAGCAGAAGAGAAUGGUUUUGUUCUUCGGUGUAACAGAUUUGACUGAUAGAAGUCAUUGUGAGCCUAUAGAUGUCUUUGAAAUAAGUAUUGGUGCUGUGGAACGCUCGUUUCAGAAGAGAGACUUUGCUGUUUGGCAGAGGGAUGCUGCCAUUAAUCUUCCUCAGUGAAACUGGGCAGUGCUAACAGGGAGCAGGGAGUGAGUUUGACCUCUGUGCAGUUUGGAUGAUGCAAACAUUGGAAUGAGUGUCCAGCUCUGGCAUGCAGUGCUUUUUUCGUUAUUUUUUUUAGAAAAGAUGCUGUAAAUUCAGGAUGAAUUUGGAGAGGAGCCACAAAAUAAUAGGAGAGGAAGUGAAGUCUGUUAAAUUUACAGUAAAUGAGAUGGCUCGCUGGGUGUGAUUCUUUUUCUGGGUGCAGGAAUCAGGCUUUUCAAUCUGUCAAAGAAAUGGAGAAUAGUAACUAAUGGAUAGAAGUUGUAGGCUUAUUUCUGUAGAGAAAAAUCUAUUUAAUCAGUGGAAUAAGCUUCCACUGGAACUGAUGUGUUCAUGGUGCCUGCGUGUCUGGAGGUGAGCCUGGCUGACUCCUUAGGAGACAUCAGAGAUAACAGAGGCUUUGGUUCAGUCCAAAGUAGCACAGAACUGCCACAGAGUGGAGUUCCCACCCUGUGUAGGGGUCUUACAGUGAGCAGGAGAAGCCAUGUGUUGCCAAGCUCAGGUGCAGCACUGAGCCACCAGGGCUGGCCCUGGGCACCAAGGAGAAGAGCCUGGCUCUGUCCUCGUUGUGCCACCUGUCAGGUAUUUAUUGGCAUUGAUACAGCACUUACAGUACUUGAAGGGAGUGCAUAGACAGGAGGGGGAACGGCUGACUUACAUGGAUUGUUAGUGAUAGGACAAGGGGGAAUGGUCUUAAACUGAGACAGGGGAGCUUUAGGUUGGAUAUGAGGAGGAAGGUUUUCACCCAGAGGGUGGUGACACACUGAACAGGUUGCCCUUGGAGGUGUGGAUGCCCCAUCCCUGCAGGCAUUCAAGGCCAGGCUGGAUGUGGCUCUGGGCAGCCUGGGCUGCUGGUUGGUGACACUGCACAUAGCAGGGGGUUGGAACUGGAUGAGCAUUGUGGGCCUUUUCAACCCACACCAUUCUAUGAUGAGCUUUCCCUUUGGCCUUCCCUUUCCCAGGGUGAUCAGCCCCAGCUCUCUCAGCCUUUCCUUAUAGGAAAGAAGCUCCAGUCCCUUCACUGCCUGUGUGACCCUGACUCUGUUAGGGUCUCUUGCUGUGGGGAGCCCAGAACUGAACCCAGCACUCCCGAUGGCCUUUCUGGUGCAGAAUGAAGUGGGCAGAAUCACCUCCCUUCCCCAGCUGGCAGCACUUUGCGUUAUGCAGGUCUGGUUUUGCUGAGCUGCUGUGCCUCCAGCACGUCCCAGUGCUGCAACUGCUCCUUCCCUCGUGCAGGGCUCUGCACUUCUUGUUGAGCUGCAUGAGGUUCCUGCAGCUCUUCCAGCCCGUCAGGUCAGGUCCCUGAGUGGCAGUGUGAUGCUGCUGCACCCACUGCUCACCCCCUCUUGGUGUCACCUACAGAUUUCCUGAGGAUGCCGUCAGUGCCGCUGCCCAGGUUGUUAACACAGAUGUCAGACAGGGCUGCACCCCGUGUUGACCCCUGGGGUUCUCCCACCCCUGACUGCCGGCUCUGGGCCCAGCCAAGCAGAUGGUGUUUGAUCCACCUCACUGCUCGCCCAGCCCAUGUUCCAGCAGUGUCAGAGCCCUUCCUGACCCCCAGCUGCUCAAUCUCCACCGCUGCCCUCGUGUGCCAGGCCAGUGUUUGCACUGUAGUCUAUCGGGCUGGUCAGUGAUGACCUCCCUGUGGUGAAUCCACGCCAACCGCUGCUGAUGAUUUCUCUUCCCUCGUGUUUGGAAGUGGCCUGCAGGACAGGGCAGAGGUGGAGGUGAGGCUGAGUGCUGUGCUUCCUUCGGCCUCCUCCUUGCCCUUAAUGAGCAUAGGAGGGACGUUUGCUUUCUUUGGGUACCUCUCCCGUGCAGAGAUCACAGGGCAGCCUCACCCACGCUGUGUGGCUCCAUCCCCAUUGAGGCCCACAGGCAGGGGCCCUCAGCUCAAGCAUUCCCUGACCUGAUCCUUUUCUAGCCCGAGUCUGUCUCUGCUCCAGCCUUUCACCUCUGGGAUCUGGGAUUCCUGCAGGCCCAGCCCGCUGCCAGAACCUGAAGCCACUUUGGCUCCACACCCCCAUUUCCCCCACUCUUCCUUUUGCCUCCCCUGCACUGGCGCCUUUUGACACGGGCACGGCGCUGCUCAGCCCAGCGCUGCGUUCAGCCACGGGAGGGGCUGCGAGGGCUGCACGGCCCUUCCUGGGGACGCCUCGCUCCCUCCGAGCUGCUCUUCGGCCCGCGGGGCUCCGUCUGUCCGGGGCUCCGCAGUGCAGCGUCGGAGGGGAGCGGAGCGGAGCGGAGCCUCCCCCGGGGCCGCGGGGGGUUUCCUUACUGCCCGCCCCGCGCUGGGAGCAGAUCGGCGCCGUGCCGUGCCGUGCUGUUCUGCGCUGUGCCGCGCUGGGCCGUGUGGUACCGCCUGCCCGUCUCUCCGCAGGAGGUUCGCCGAGAA